AUGGACAGAGAGGGCGACGGGCGCGUGCUUCGCCUGGCGCCUCUGCGCCAGCGUGAGUUGGCAGCGCUGGCCGAGCGUGGCGGGGGGCCCAUUGCCGAGACCGGCAUCGGAGGAGAGGUCUCCGCGCGUCUGGUGACCACGCGGAGGAGGCUCUCGGCUCUCGGCACAGGUCUCGGAGGGCGUCGCGUGUCUUCUGCGCGAGCAGCCGCGGCGGCAUCUGGCGGAGUGGAGAGAGCGUUGGCAGCGAGGAGGCGCGGCGGCGGCGGCGGCGGCGGCAUCGACCGCUGGGGCCGCGGUGACGUCUCGAUAUUGAUCAGCGCCUCUCUCCGUGCCCCCGCCUGCAGCAGCAUGAGCAGGCCCAGCCCCCCGCCCCGGAGUCCGGGGUCUCGCCUCGUCGGCCCCGACGGAGACCGCGAACCGCCGCCGCCCUGCAAGGGGACGCCCCGCGCGGAGGACGUGGGCGGCGGGUGGCCGCCCCUGGGGCCGCCCCUGGCCGCGGCUCCCCGCGGGAGCUCGAGCCGCACGCUGCCGUUGCUGUGCGUGGUGGAGCGGGGCGAGUGGGCGCUGGGAGCCGAGGGCCCAGGCCCCGGCGAGCACGUGGAGUUUGCGCUGGUGCCCCGCGAGGCGCCCUUCGCUCGGCUGCCCGAGGCGGCGCUCCUCGCCCUGGGCUACUCGCCCUCCACGGCCACCCACGCCUCCGGGCAGCUGAGGGUGGGGGUGUGGAAGCCGCUGCCCCUGGGCUGCGUGAGCGACGCUGCCGAGGCCACCGUGGGGGAGCUGCUGCACGACGUCUUCCACGUCCUCACGCUCUACAUUCGCCUGCACUGCUGCCCGGGGCUGGAGGACCUCCCCCCGGGCCAGUGGACCCACACCAACGUGCGCUGCGCCCUGCAGCGGCUGCUGCGGGACUCCAACCAGAGCGCCCUGGCCAAGGAGUGUCCGCUCUCCCAGAGCAUGAUCUCGUCCAUCAUUAACGGUACCUACUACGCCAGCAUCUCCAGCACCAAGUGCUACGAGUUUGGCCAGUGGUACAAGCAGCGCCAGGCGCUCAAAGCGCCCUCGGACAGCGAGCCUUGCCUCCCCGGGCCGGACGAGGCCAAGGGCCCCAGCCAGGGCACCCACGCACCCAGUCGGCUACCGGAGCCGGAGGCGGCCGCUCCGGUCCCGCAACUCCCGGCCACCACCGCCACCUUCCCGCUGCCGCCGGCGCCCACGGGCGGCUCGCCGGCGCGGUUCGGCACGGCGCACCAGUUCGGCACGCCGCGGUUCGUGGGCCAGCAGCAGCAGCAGCAGCAGCAGGCGAUGGUCGGGGCGGCGGUGGCGAUAGCCGGCGAGCGGGGGUCGCGACCUCCCGGCGAGGCGUUCGUGGGCCAGGUGACGGCGCCGCCGCACCCGCAGCUCGCCGAGGGCCUCGCCGUGAAGCAGGAGCCCGGCACGGACGUGCGGCCCGACAUCUACCGUCGCGUGCGCGAGGAGCUGAAGCGCGCCAGCGUGUCGCAGGCCGUGUUCGCGCGCGUCGCCUUCAACCGCACCCAGGGCCUGCUGUCGGAGAUCCUGCGCAAGGAGGAGGAGCCGGGCACCGCGUCGCAGUCGCUGCUGGUGAACCUGCGCGCCAUGCAGGGCUUCCUGGACCUGGGCGAGGCGGACCGCGACCUGCUCUACCUGCGCGAGCGCGAGCGCGCCGGCGCCGCCGGGGGGGCCUGCGGGGGCGGCGCCGUGACCCUGACGGCGCCGCCGCCGCCGCCGGCCUACGCCUCGGCCGCGGCCGCCGCGUGGCAGGGACGGGCCUACUCUCCGCAGGCGCGAGCCCCGGAGCCGCCGCUGAAGGCGGAGGAGGGCGGCGGUGGCUGCGGCGGCGCCGGUGGCGCCGGGGGGGCCGUGACCGCCGCCAUCUACGACGAGAUCCAGCAGGAGAUGAAGCGUGCCAAGGUCUCCCAGGCGCUCUUCGCCAAGGUGGCCGUCAUGAAGAGCCAGGGCUGGCUGUGCGAGCUGCUGCGCUGGAAGGAGACCCCGACGCUGGAGAACCGGACGCUCUGGGAGAACCUGGGCACCAUCCAGCGCUUCCUGGCACUGCCUCGCGCCGAGCGGGACGCCGCUUACCAGGAGGAGAUGGGGGUGCCGGCGCCGCCGCACCACCAGCCGCACCCCCACCUCCACCCGCACCACCACCACCACCACCACCCGCCGCUGCACCUGCACCACCAGCAGCACCUCCAGCACCACCACCACCAGCAGCAGGCGGGGCUCCCCGCCAACCACCUGCACCUGCGGCACGCGUGCCAGCCCGUGCAGCAGAGCCAGCCGUGCGGCGCUGGCGGCGGCGGCGGCGCCCAGAUGGGCCCCUCCGUCUCGCUCGACGCCUCCAUCCAGCAGCAGGCCGUCAACCAGGUUCUGUCCUCGAAACCAGCGACGGCCGGCCUCGACUCUUCCUCCUCUUCGCCGACCUCCCUGCCUCCCGCCUCCUCGUGCUCCUCCUCGUCCUCGUCGUCGGCAUCGUCGUCCCUGCCGACCUCCGCCACCGCGGCCGCCCCCCCGAGCGAGGAGGCUCGCCCGGACGCCGAGCCCGGGGAGGCGGCGGCGGCGACGGGGAUCGCGGGCGAGGCGCUGGCGAUCCUGCAGAGCUUCGUGCAGGACGUGGGGCCCUACCCGGACACGGAGGCCGUGCACACGCUGGCCGCGCAGCUGGGGCUGCCGCGCGCCACCGUCACGGCCUUCUUCCGCGAGCAGCGCCUGCGCGCCCGCCACCUGCGCUCACGCGCGCAGCAGCCGCCGCACCACCGUCCCCCCCCUGGCGUGCCGGAGCGGUGCCGGGAGGCGGCGGCGCUGGCGGCGGCGCAGUCACCGUGUGGCGCCCGCGCCGACGAACGGGGUUGGCGCCCGUAUGCGAGGGGGGGCGCGGGGGGGGGCGCGCCAGUCGGCGCCGGCGAGGACUUUGCGGCGUUCGUCGUCAAGGGCGAGGAAAUCGGCAAUGGCGAGGAGGAGGAGGAGGAACCGGCGCCCGGGCUGGGCGAGGAAGGGGUCGGAGGAGACUUCUUCGCAAACCACGGCAGCGCCAGCGGUCUGGAGGGCGACCGCAAACACUUCCCCCCCGCGGGCACGCUCGACAACGGCGGCGCCGUCCUCCUCGGCAGGAGCGCGAGGGACAGGCCGGCGCUGCUGGACGAGAGCGAGAGUGGCUGCAUGUCGGAGUGACCGUCGCUCGCGGCUCCGCUGGCGCCGCUGGCGCCGCGGAGAGACCGGAGGUGCUGGGGGGGUUGGCGGCGCGACCGCCGAGCCCGCUCGAGCCACGCUCCGGGGAAUCCCCACGCGGCACUGAUUUGU